AACGAAGUGACGCAACACUGAGGAGAAAAAGUUGAUCGAAAGAAUCCGUGAGAACAGAUCCCGAAUCGAGUAUGACUCAGAUCGCGCAGAAAUUAAAACAGAUCACGCACGAAAGAAAAAAGUAGACCGACCGUUGUGCAGGCUUUUUUUCGUCGAUUAUAUUAGUUCGUCUCCAUGUCCAUGAUCUGCUGUAGACGAAUGUUUACUUGUUUGCGUAGGGAAUUACCCAUGAGAUUUAUGUUUGUGUGGGGAUGACUCUCUCAUAGUGAAUUAGUGCGUUCCUCUCCCAAGCAGAGCGUCAGCAAUGGUUUCGAUGAGCAUUUAUCCGUAUAUUAUAACUCGAUUUUUUUCGUGCUUCAUGUGCUUUUCGCACGCCUGUGAAAGUAAGUAGUUGUAGAACAUAUUGAAACCCAUUAGUUGACUUUCUUCGUCCAUGUUCCACUUAAGCUCUACAACAACUCGUCGAACUGCUCCUGUCGUUUGUUUGGAUUUACUGGUAGUGUACUGCAAAAGAAAUGGCACGAAAAGCGCGGGAUCGUAGUGGGGGCCUCUCACUACUGCAAGCCGACCUGUUCAAAGCGUGUUCGGAUAAUAACGCGCUCUUCGUUGCGCGCAUUCUGGCGGAUCUCUACAAGCAUGGUGGAAGGGAUAGAAGCCAAGAUCAUGGCUCCUCGCAGGAAACAAAUUUGAAGCUCCAGCCCGACAAUGUUAAAAAAGAAAAGAGGCAAUCCGUUCUUGAGUCAGCCAGCACCAACAAGGAAGCAAAUAACGAGACCGAUGAAGAUCAAGUUGUUCCAAUGGACAUCAAAACGCAAGACGAGGUUGAGAUUGGAAAAGACGUUGGUCAGACUAACAACGGAGGAGCCUCAGACAGCGGAGCGUCUUCUACUAAACAAGAAAAUACGUCGUUGGACAAUGAGGGGGACGAAGCUUCUUGCGGUGAAGAUGGUAAUACGGAGAUCAUCACACGAAGUGAAAGCACUGCGCGUGGUCGUGCGGGAGCUGCAGAAGACGAAGCACGAGUACAAGAGGAAGCUACUACAACGGGUACGCAAAAUCAAGGACACAGACAACUACUACCUGACGUGUCCGAACGCGUCGCAACGAUCGUUUCGGCGCGGAAUAUGCAAAGUGACGUGGACCAGCUGGGAAAAGGUUUUACCUGUUUGCAUGUAGCCGCGAUGAAAGGGCACGUGGAGAUCGUUCGCUUGCUCGCUCGUGCUGGCUGUGACCUGCACGCGCGCACGACCCGCGGACUCACUGCGGCUCACGUGGCCGCAAAAAAAGGACAGCUGACUUGUGUUCAGUACUUGAGCAAACAAAUCGCGAAGCAACGAAGGAUGCCAACGCAAAAUAAGACUGCCUCCACUUCUGCGAUGCAGGUGGUCAAAAACAGCAACAGCAACGGAACACAAACCAAUACGCAAAAGAGACAAGGAGCCUUCCCCGGCCCGACUGGUGGCGGACGUAUAAUUGACAUUCCCUCGUGUCCCGGACAAGAUGCACCACCAAACUUCAUGCACCGGUUUGAAGAAGUCGUGGGGGACUGCGUUGCAAGCACGAGUAAGCGACGGAAGAUGGAAAAAGCGUUGGAAAGCAUUUCAUAAGCAAGACUUCUCAGAAGAUAAAAAUACUUACUUAUUUCAUGCCCCAUGACCAAGGCUUUCGCUCUAUGUGAUUUUCUUCUUGUAUUUCCCUUCCCUGUACUUUGCGUAGACUAUCCAUCUAUUUCCAACAGCGACGUUUAAAAGAACAAGCGAUCUCGUAUUCGUGAGUCGAGUGUGAUCUCGAUGCUUAUGGAGCGGCCGUCUUUUACAAAGAAUAAGAUUAGGGCACGGUUGGUG